CGACGCUGACGAACACUGCAGUGCUAGUGUUUCGGGAAUUUCCAUUUGAACUUGGCUGUGCAUCAUUAUGUAUGACCCCAAAACGAGUCCAAACGAGAACAAUCAUGACAUAUUUACUUCCUCAUUUAAUAGAGUUCGGAACGCGAAACUGAGACAUUUUGUAGGAUACGAAAGACAGUUGAAUUGCCAUACUGCUGCGAACAUCACCACCCAAGUUGUACCAUAGUUUGUAGUCGGCUGCAAGAUGUAUCUUGGUCAGAUUGUGUUGCUUCUGCUCACGUUUCUGUGUGAAUAUUCACUGUCCUAUAAUGGCGGAACUCAAGGGGAUAACAUCUUGCAAGUGUGCGAGAAUUCAGGCGCCAAGACCUUCGUCAAAUACGCCCGUGCCACACCAUGGGUGAACAAUACCCUGGUGAACGGUACCGGUUACAUGGCCCUAUGUCCAACUGACCAUGCCUUCGCGACCCUUCCCCCGGUGGUGAAGGACGCCCUGAAGGACCCGCAGACCGUGGAGUGGUAUCUGCGGUACCACAUCGCGCUCACGGUGGCCUACCUGCGAGAGAUUGACAACAAUCUAAGGAUCCCUAGCGCCUUCAGACCUCCAGGCAAGACGGAAGACUUGCCCGAAGCCGUACUGCCCAUCCGGUUCAAUAUUUAUGACGUCUUGGCAGACGACCGCUCCGAUGGCAAGUUUGGAAAGGUGGUGACAGCCAGUGGUGCACAGAUUGUCGCAGCGGAUAAGAUAGCUAGUAAUGGCAUCGUGCAUAUCAUUGACAAGGUGAUGUUCCCCCUUCCAACUGGGGCUGAUGUGGUCGAGUUUAUCCGUGAUGAUGGGCGAUUCAGCACUCUCUAUGGUUUCCUGGAGAAAGCCAAUCUCACCCAGGCACUGAUGACGGACCCUUCCCGGCCACUGACCGUCUUUGCUCCUAACAACCAGGCCUUCACUAACAUCCCCAAGCCCAUCAUGGACAAGCUGAUGACCAAUGCGACCUACCUCCAAGAUGUCCUAGAGUACCACGUGGCCAUGGGUGCCUACUACGCCGCAGGUCUCUAUGACAAUCAGACCUUGAUGUCGUUGUACAGGAAGCCCCUGUUGGUCCAGCGUGGAGUAGGAGGCAUCUAUGUCCAGGACGCCAAGGUCCUCCAGGCUGACAACACAGUAUCCAAUGGCGUGGUUCAUGAGAUAUCAGCUGUCAUGAUUCCAUAUAAGUAAUUAGGGGAUGGAUAGGUGAGCUAAGGAAUGUGGGCUUGCACCCUCAUAAUGAUCUACAAACCUAUUUGUAAGAUGAGGCGACUGCUAAUACCUAAUAACCAUCCUGUAUCUUAAAACAAUCCUUGCCCGUUUCAUUUACCCAGAGGUUUCUAUAUACAAUUGUAGUCUAGUAUUAAGUACGACUUUGUACACUGAAAACUUGAUUAUAAACUUUUGGUGAACCCGUGACCCAUAAUGAAACACAUCUCUGGGUAAUACUUCAACUCUUGCUCUCCGAGUGUUAGUAUUUGCCAGUUUGUUGGACAUGCCAAUGGACUCCGUGCACAAGUACCCCCUCAACGGUAAGGAAGGGAGAGUUGAGGGAGACCAUCGGAGAGGCAUUAAAACACAUUGCCAAUGACGCUUGACCCUCACGUGAAGACACACAGCUUUGUGCACAUUCAGGUAAAAAUUAGUCGGGGUUACCUCACGCCAUACAUGCGCAGACCAGUACAUGCAUGUGGUGUGUCCCGUCCACGAUGCUCUCAAACGUGGUAAGAAAGUGCCUUCUCUUGUUUACGAACAUGGCCCACAACCCUCCAAAA